GCGCGGCAACUCUUAAACCCUCUUCGCGAGAAAUGCGUCGCGCACGUAGUACUCGCGCAACGUGACGUGUGUGUGCGUGUGUGCGACUGCAUCGCGACGCCCGUCAAUGGCACGCACGGGAUUCGUCGCGAUUCCGUCAAGUUUCCCACGACACUCGGACGACGCAACCGCACGCGGGAGAGAGAGGAUGCUGCUGAUCGGCACCGAGUCGUGAGGUAGAAGCGUCGAGGAUUCGCAAUUCCGCGAACUCGAGGGGGGAGCGUCGUCGAGUUGUCCGCGAGAGCGAGGUUAUAGGUUAGGUGCCGUUCGCGUCAUGGCACAGUCGACAACAAGCGGGACGUCUUCGCGGCGGUACAUGAGGGAGCACGAGGUGUCGUCCUCGUCGCGCUACGUGGACACCGAAUGGGAGUCCAAGGAGGCCCUGCGGCAGCGGGAACUCGAGGAGGCGAGAGCGCGAGCGGCGCAGAUGGAGAAGACGAUGCGCUGGUGGUCGGACUGCACCGCCAACUGGCGCGAGAAGUGGAGCAAGGUCCGGAACGAGAGAAACGCCGCCCGGGACGAGGCGAAGGUCCUCAGGGCGAAACUGGAGAUCGCCGUGAAGGAUGCCAACACCUUCAAGCACGAGUCCCAGGAGCUGGAGCUGCAGAACGAGCAGCUGAAGAAGGAGAUGGAGAAAAUACACAUGAUACUCCUGAAGCACGCUGGCCAGUUCGAUCAGCAGAUCUUCACGAUCCUGGAGUCGGAUCCGCAGCUGAGGGCCACUCUGGGUCUCGACGAGCAGCUGGAGUUCUACAACAACGACGAAUCCGGUGACCUGCUGAGCGCGCGGAGGGACAUGCUGGCCUGUGAAAACUCACACGAGGCGUCGAGCGUCGCGGCGGCGGGCCACGGCAUCCUGCCGGAUCGCGACAUCGAGGAGUACGUGCUGCAGGGCGCGGUGCCGAAGCACGCGGUGGAGCUGUAUAAGGAGGGUCCCAACAGCUCGCUGGACGCGAAAGCGGCCGCGGCCGGCGGCAGGAAGGACGCGCUGGAGGAGCAGCAGUCGCUGCUCGACGCGUACGGGGACGAAUCGUUGACGCAGAAAAUGUCGGCGCUGCAACUGAAGCUGGAGGAGGCGACGAGGGCCAUCUCCGUCGAGAGGGAGGAAAAGAACUCUCUGCAUCACACGGUGGAGAAACUGAAGGCCGAGAUCAAGCAGUUGCGGGAGCGGUGCGAGGAGUUGUCCGAGAGCAGGGCGGACGCGAUGCGGGAACUGUCGGAGCUGAAGGAGCGAUAUCAAAUCGAGCUCAGUGACGAGCACAUAGCGGAUCUGAUGAACGAGGCGGCUGACGGAGGCGGCAUGGAUCGCCGGCUGAGCGAACUGAGAGCCGAGUUGGAGAGACUUCAAGCGGAGAACGCGGCCGAAUGGGGUAAGAGAGAAAAACUGGAGACCGAGAAGAUUUCGCUGGAACGCGAGAACAAGCAGCUUCGCCUGAAGAUACACGACCUGCAGGAGAGGAUAGAGUCGCGGCGGCCGCGUCCGGUCUCCACGACCGACGCGGACACCAGACAGCUGCAGCAGGAGCUUCUAGUUCGCAACAUGGUGUUGCUCGAAGUGAAACAGUAUCAGGCGACAUUGAAGCAAUCCCUGGUGGAGAAGACGACGGAGCUGUCACACGCGAUGAGGCGGUCCGAGCAGUACGAGGCGGAGGUGAGGCGAGUGAGAGCGAGGGUCGACGAGUUGAAGAAGGAGCUGGCGGCCGCGCAGGACGAGGUCGACGCCGCUACGAACAGCGCGCGGAAACUGCAACGCGCCAACGAGGAUCUUGUGGAGCAACUGGAAUCCGCUAACGUGCAGUUGGAGCACUUUAGAAAUAGCAACAACGAGCCGAGUGCAUCGAAUGUAGAAGUCGACGGGGCAGGGGAGGAGAAGUUUCACGUUAACAAUUCCGACGAGUAUGCCGAAGCUUACGAUCGUCGAGAAGCCUAGUAUUCGAUCGUGUCGAUAGCGACGGCGCGUCUGAAGCAGAUACUGAGGAUGCAGGUCGGAUAAACCGAUCUCUUAGCGGGCCUAAGGUGCGGACGGCUUCGUUCUAACGUUUAAUUCUCUCUGUCUCUGUCUCACUCUCUCCGUGUUCGUUAGAUCUAACGCGGCGAAUUGCAAGGUAAAGCAUCGGUACUUCCAGUAGUGUAUAUGUAAAUGUGUAUAGAUGGUUGGUAGCGUAUCGGUAUAUAAUAAGGAUUUUAAUUACUUAUCGAUUCGUCUCGGUAAGAUCUCGAUGAGCCGUUGCGUUGCAAGUAUUUACUGUCCAACACAGUCAUUUACUCAACCACGUGAGAUUGUGUUCAAUUUCGCCCGUCUCAUUGUUUUCUGUAGAUAAAAAUCAUUUCAUCGUCAGCGCGCGCGCUCGAUUUUCUACUUUUGUAAAUUAUAAACGCGAAUACCACGCGUUUCGUUCUACACUCGAUCCCGAAUCGGAUCGCGCGUUCUGUGUAAACGGCCACACAUUCCGCGUUAUUUUGUACGAUUCUUCUUUUAGACUGAUGUAAAAAUGUUGUAUAUAUAUAUACAUAUACAUAUAUAUCCACACGAGAUACACGUGUUGACGUUAGAACUACGCGCUAGAACACCGGAAGACGAUUUACGUGUACCUGUCUCUACCGGACAAUUAAAAUUUUUGAGGAAAUAAAAUUUUUUAGUUUUAUCCAACGUCAAUUAAAAAUAAAAAUAAUAUUAAGAAGUCGUGUAUAAUAUUCUUUAUAAUAAAGUUCCGAUAUAUUUCUUUUUUUUCACGAGGAAUAAAAGAUAAGUAAAAGAAAUAUUUCAUUUUUACUUUUUUUCGUACUUGUCAAACUGGUCGUUUCGACUGCUAGUUCUAGUACGGUGGUUCUAACGGUUAACGGAGAUUACGUUUCGUCACCGCGCGAAAAGACUGGCGAAAUCGCGUAGCGGAAUUCAGUAUGUACAAGAUACGAUACCUGAUAUUUAUAACGGAACCUUUUAUGUCAAUAUCAAGGAUCUACUUGGCAUAAGUUAAAGCGCGACACGCUGUAUAUCGUAUAUCGUGUCGCGAAAACAAUAUAUCAAAGAUUGUAGAUCGAGAUCCAAACGGAAAAAGAAAAAACCUUUACACGCAAUUAUCUACAUCAAAUCAAAAGAUUGUUGUUAAUUAUAUUUCUUAACACCGACGAGGGAAGGAUGCGAGAGGACUGUUCUCCUAAUCAAAGUGUAUUUUAUUGACAAAACUUAAUAAAUAGCAGCGAUUGAUGUA